UUCUCUUCUUCUUCUUCUUCUUCUUCUUCUUCUUCUUCUUCUUCUUCUUCUUCUUCAGAGGAAGGAUCACAGACCUCCUCCCCUUUUAGUGUCUCCUGUGUAUCCUCCUCUACCACUCCCCCCGGUCCUACCUGCCCUUCCUCCCCAACCCACAUCUCCUCCCCUGCCCCCCUGGUCCUCCUCUCCAAACCCCCUGGACCACCAUGGAGAGACCAACAAAGACAGUGAGACUGUCAGAGAUCUCAUGAGCUUUGAGGUCAAAGAGGUGGGGGCAGUUGUUCCACAGGCAAAGAGAGUGGUGCCCCAAAUUGCUGCCAUCGCAGAGGCCUCCAUUGACCUGAGGGCUUCCUCUGUCUCCCUGGAGAGGCCAUUGGUCAGGUCUCGGGACGCCAUGGCCCGCCUCCGCAACCUGUUCAGCAAGAGUAGCACCCAGCUGGGGGAGCAGAGCUGCACAGGCGAGGGCAAAGAGAAUACCAAGCUCCUUGGGUUGCCUAAUAUUGGCAACACCUGCUUCAUGAACUCUGCCCUGCAGUGCCUGCUGGGGCUGCCAGCAUUUUGCAGAGACAUCCUGAGACAGCAGGACAUCUGGAGUUCCUCCCCCUCCUCUAAACUGCUCAGCUGCUUUGCCAAGUUACAUCAGGCAAGGCUUUCUGGAGGCACAGUUAAGGCUAAGAUAAAGGAAAAUAAGAAAAUCCUUCAAACAGUCAAGAGCUGUAUCUCCGUUGGCAACGAGGACUAUGAGGGCGACGAUGAACAGGAUGCCCAUGAAUGUGUGGUGCUCCUGCUCUUUCAGCUGAAGGAGGAGGGUAUGGCAUUAAAAGCCAUACACCUGCCCCGUGAAGCAGUUAGAAUUCAAGCUGAAGACUACCCGUACCUGCACCAGCUGUGGAGUUAUAGUCUAUGGUCAGGAGGAUUACAAUCACCUGUCACUGAGCCUGAGCCAUUACCUGACACACAGCCUGGACCUCUACUUUAAGCCAUCUGCUUUAGAGUGUGCAUGCAGGGACUGCUCAGGCAGCAUGGCAUCUGUGACUAGGCACUUCCUCACGCUGCCCCGG